UAAGCGUUUCUGAGAAACUUCAAGUGACAGUGUGAGCCCGAGCUUAGCAAGAGCCGGGCAUUAACGGUUUACGAGACGUGACUGACAACAGUUUUCUAAUAUCUCGCUCCAACAUUCCACAACUUGUCCUCACCUCAACCGUCGUCACCAAUCCAUCACCACUACAGAUUAGCCUUAUUACCACUCCCAACGGCCAUCUACCUGUGGCACAUUUAUCUGCUACUUCUAGUAUGUCACCAACCUUUAAUUUUCGGCAAAAAUUUUUCCACUUGUCCCUGGUUUGCAGUGUUAGAACAUACUAUUUUAACCAUCUUUUCCAAAAUAUAUCUUUCAUGUGCCUGGCUUGUUUCCAUCUUUUAGUCGUAGGUAUUCCUUCCCCGCUUGAGUCCUCUAUGCCAGGGUUGCCUCUCAAUAACAAUAAUUUAUUUGGGGUUAACACAUCAAAAUCCUUGACGUCGUCCCUCACAGGUGAUAACGGCCGGUCAUUUAAUAUUCGUUCAGCUUCACAAAAAAAUGUCUCCAGCGUUUCGUCAUUCAAACUCUGGUUUUUAAUUAUGGAGCUUAAAAUACGCUUGAUAAUUCCUAUAAGUCUUUCCCAUAGCCCGCCUCUAUGGCUGGCAUGUGGUGGGUUGAAGUGCCACUCGAUGUUCGUUUUCAGUAACUCUUCAUGAACUCUCGUUUGGGGACCUUCAAAGUACUCUUUAAGCUCGGUGUGACAGCCAACAAAAUUAGUCCCUGUGUCACUGAACAUCAUCUUUGGUACACCCCGGCGAUUUAUAAAUCUAUGUAACGCUAGCACGAAUGAAUCAGUAGUUAGCGAAUGAACCAUCUCAAUAUGCACAGCUCUCAUUUUCAAACAGGUGAAUAAACAGCCAUAUCUUUUACAUAGGGUUCUGCCUCUCUUCACUACCAAAGGUCCGCA